GUCUUCUUGAGAGGUAUAAAUACGUGCUUCUUGACUAUGUGGUAAUGUCACCACUUAGAUAACUUUGAUAAGGAUGAUUGGCUAUCUUCUUCUGCUUACAGCACUUGCGAUUUCAGUCGUUGACAGUACAUAUAUAAACCGGAAUCAUCUGUCGAAAGCCGGAGAAAUUCAUCAUUCUUCUGGUCAAAAGGUACACAAAAAACAUGACGGUGAACAGAUUCAGUCCGGUAGUGAGACAAGUCAUAUUGGAAAGCGGGCGUUGUGGAAAAAAGUUUUGUGCAAUAUAAGUCCACUUUGUUUAUUUUUUAAAGGGAUUAAAGGAAACUGAUCACUGCUUGUUUCCGUUUUUCACAUAUUCACAUAAAUAUUUUGAACGAUA